CAAAUAAGUAAUUCAUCAUAUUCAUUGCAGAAUUAAGGAUGCCGAAGGAAAUUUCAAAAUUUGCCAGUACAGAUCCUCAGUCAUGUGAUACUUUUGUUGUUUUGCCCCCUGGCACAGCUCUUAACUGUGUUGUUUUUGGGAAGAAUUCUGAUAGACCAAAAGGAGAAGUGCAAGAGGUAGUUUAUUUUCCUGCAGAAAAUCAUCCUGCUGGUUCAAAAGUGCAGUGCACUUAUAUUGCUGUGGAUCAAGCAGAGCACACUCAUGCUGUAAUUUUGAGUAAACCAGCUUGGAUGUGGGGUGCAGAAAUGGGAGCCAAUGAUGCUGGAGUUUGUAUUGGUAAUGAAGCUGUAUGGACAAAAUUAAAUGGUCCCGGUGAUGCUGAAGAAAAGCUCCUUGGCAUGGAUCUUGUUAGGUUAGGUUUAGAACGUUCUAGUAGUGCUAAAGAAGCUGUUGAUAUUAUCAGCAGUCUUCUGGAAGAACAUGGUCAAGGAGGUCCCUGUUCUGAUUCUAGUCCUGACUUUACAUACCAUAACAGUUUCUUAAUAGCAGACAGUAAAGAAGCUUGGGUUUUGGAAACUGCAGGAAGUCUAUGGGCUGCUGAACAUGUAACUAGUGGCUGUAGAAAUAUUUCAAACUGCCUUACAAUAGGGACAAAAAUUGAUCUGAUGAGUAAGGAUUUGAAGGAGUGUGCUCAAUCAAAUGGGUUUUGGGAUCCAUCACAAGGAGACUUUAAUUUUGCUGAAGCAUAUGGGAAGCCAAAUGAAAGUGCUACUGAGAGACUCAGUCGUGGAAAGGAGUUGCUGAAUCAGCUAUCAGCAUCAGGUGAAUUCAGCACCCUCUCUAUGUUUCAAGUUUUAAGAGACUGUGAUGGCCAAAUCUGUAGAGGGCAAGAUCACGAGUUUCCAACUGCAGGAUCUCAAGUCUCGGUACUAGCAUCUCCUGAUUCAAUGCGCUCAUGUUGUCACUGGUUCACAGGAACACCUGACCCUGCUCACUCUGUUUUCAAACCUUUUGUGUUUUGUUCAUCGAAUCGUAUUUCUCGUCAUAUUGUGUCACCUGUUUAUCCAGAUAAUGAAGAUCCUGCUAAGGUUAAACCAAGGUUUCAGAAGGUGGUGAAUCGUUGUCAUACCCUGUAUACAAAACAUCAAAAAGCAUACCCAAUUCUUACCAGUGAUAAUCCCAAAGGACAAGAAAUUAUUUCAGUCCUGAGGCGUCUAGAAACACAGUGUGUUCAAGAUAUGGAAAGUUUUGUGGAAAACUUUACUUCUGAUAAAGCAAAAGAAGUUGAGGAUCUAUUUAAAGAUUUGGUAGAAUCAGAAAUGAAAUUUUACUACAUAAAAUAAAAAUGUAUAUGUGUAGCAGCUAUGUGUGCUCUGGUCAAAUAUAUGAAGCAAAUAUUCCUAUGGCUUAGCUUUGAUACUUCUUUUUCCUAUUUAAACUAAUGUAGCUAUAUAUGCAGUUCUACUGAAUUUCAUAAUUUGGAUACUUAAGCAGGGGUGAUUGUUAAUUUAUAAGAAAUUUUUGAAAACUGAGCAAAAGAAUAAAAGUUAUUACUUAUAAAGAAAUAAAAACAAUCUAGAAUAAAUUUAAAAAUCAACUCUUCUGUUUUUUAAUGUUUCAUUUUAUUUUAAAAAGUAUUAAACCCAUUACCAAAUUUUGAAGUAUAAGACAGUAAAAUCCAUGUUUAUUUCUUAGGUAAUUUCAGAUCAUUAGCACAGUCACCUCUGUUAAUUCUUUCUAGUUAUUUGUUUGCAAGUAAAAUGCAAUUUACAUAAAUUUGCUAAGAUGUAUGUUUACUAGAGGAGUCUCUUGGUAGUAAGUGUCACACAAAGAACUAAAUGCUUAUUUAUAAAAUAAUGAAACAAGAAGUAACAUCUUUUGUGAUAUAAUAAUGGUAAAAUUACAAACAAUUAUUCUUGUUUUUAUGAGUAAUAUAUGGAUAGUUGUAAUGAUGCAGGUAUACAGUUGUGUUACGAAGCUAAUUUUUUAGUACUUUUAUAGAUGAAGCUUUUAAAUCAUUUUGAUAAAAAUCAUUUUCAUAUUUUGAUAAAAUUUUUACGUUAAUUUUACUUUCAUGGGAUAGUUACUGCAGCAAUGAAAAGAAAUUCAUAAUACUUUCGGUGAUAUUAACAAAUAUUUGUCUACUGUAUUUCACAGAUACUAUAUGUGUGUAACAAUUUAAGUUUUUACUUACAAUUUUUAAAAGUAUGCAUAUGCUUUGUUAAUAUAUAAUAGAACAAAUUGUUAUCAUAUGUUAUUUCAUCAAGAAAACAUUCCAUUUUUUUCUUUUUUGAACUUAGUUAAUUAAACACAUUUACUUUAUAAUGAAACCAAUAUGACUCAUGUUUAUUUUAAAAUUUGCUGUUGCUUCUAUUUCUGAGAAGAGCUGCCAGUCAGCAGCAUAUUCUUUUAGUCACAAAUUUAUAUUUCUAGAUUGGAGUACAGAUUUUUCAUUAUAGCAUAUAUUUUGGUUCAUAGUAUAGUAUAUUAAUUACAUAUAAUUGCCGGUUAAUUGAUUUUCAGAUCGUUGUUUGUAAAGAAUUAUAUGUAUACCCAAACUGGAAACUAUAGGACUCAAUAAACAGCUUUUCAAGUAGUUACUUACUUGUCUUUUAUAUAUUUAACAUAAAAGCACAUUGUUUCAAAUAAGUAAUUUCUGCAUGUAUGCAAGCAUUCAAAUACAUUAUAAAAGAGUUCAAAUACAUUAUAAAAAGUUUUUUGCUAUAUAAUUUUAAAUAUAUAUAUUUUGAUAGCAAUAGUGCAACACAGGUUAAAGGAAACAGUGUACUAUAGGGACAUAAACUAUUACAUAUUUCAAUUGCAUAUUAAUUUAGUUUCAGAUACAAAGAUUAUCAAUGGUUUAUUUCAUGUAAUUCUAGAGCUAUUCAGUAUGAUGCAGUACACUUUUUCUCUAUGUUCAAUAUUUUAUAAGAAUAAUUAGUAAUGUCAUUGCAUUUGGAUGCAUUUACCUUUCUAAUAUAGCUGACCUUAGAUUUCAAAAUAAUUUCUCAUGAAAAUAAUCUCGGUGUCAUAAUAAUUGCUUAAACUGUAUAAAUUGCAAAUAGGGUCUUAUUGCUGUUUAAGAUUUUUUCUUUCUAGCCAUUUUACUAGCAUUCCAUUCUACACAGUAUACAUGUAUUUUAUUAUUGGGAUUAAUUUGAAGUAUCGCUAUUUAAAAUCUAAAUUCACACUAACUUGGUAUAUGAAAUAGAUAUUGUUAUGCAGACAUUCACCCUAAAGGCUUAAUUCUAAAUUUAGUAUGAUUCUAUGACAGGAAGGACAGGUAAUUGGGGAUUUGAGCAGUUAAAUUGCAGAUGCCAGUGGAAAGAUAAAUAGAGUAUGAAUAAUAAUAAUAAAAAAUAAAUAAAAAAAUAAGACCUUAUUGCUACCAUGGGAUUUCUAAUCACACUGUUACUGAUUGGGGUAGUGAUUUCACUUUUAGGACCCUAAAAGAUGCUGACAAAAAAUUUAACAUUACCAAAAUCAGACGGUGUAGCGGAAAAAUUAAAUGCCAAGCUUUAUUAAUUUGCUAAGCCGCUUGACUUCUGAAACCUGGGAAUGUUGGGACCAUCAAUUGCAUUUUGUCUUGCUGGCUCACCAUCCACCAGUGACCGAAUGGUAAAGUAGCUGAAUACUCGUAAUUCAGUCGGAUAUUUGGGUUGGCUGCAUGGGUGUUUUUGUGCUUGUAACAUAUAUACAAGCCAGUUUCCCUUAGAAAGUCCUCCAUGAAGACAUACCUCCCCUUAGACAGAUAGCCUCUGAGUGCCUUGUCACAACCAGACCAAACUUAAUGCCUCACCACAUGGGGCACCAUCAAACUCAGAAAGAAAGCCUUGUGCUCUUGCUAUAUGGUCAUGACUUAACCUUGCCUGUGGAUAUUUUGACCCAGCCAAAAUUUUGGACAUAUAAUGCCACUCAAGAACUUAGUCAUGCAUUUGCAAAAUUCAUUCCAUAUGGUGAAGAUAAAUUUAAUUAAGGAUGCAAAAAAUUAGAAAAAACUUCACAGAAAAAAAAAAAAAAAAAAGACUUGCCAACAAUUCACAUGUAAGGAAGUUUGUUCUUUCAAAGCACACAUCCACACUUCUUCAGCUAGCAUCCCAUGGCUCAGAAGUGUUUUACUCAUUAAAGCAAUAGAAGAAAUUCUCUCUCUUCAGAAAGCAAAAAGAUCCUUUAUUCACAUGCCAUUUAUUUUUUUUUCCACUGGUAUCUGCAAAUUAUCCGCUCAUGUCUUAAUUACUUGUCAAUCCUGUUCUGGAAUCAUACAACAUUUACAAUUAACUCAGAAACCAAAUCUCUACAUAACAAUACAAUUUUAUUAUUAUUAAAGUAAGAAUGUUAUUUAAUGUAUCACAAUAAAUACUAAAUUAUUGCAAUAUAUUAAAACUGCUUUAGCUUACAUUUGUAUAAUUAUUUAUCUAAGGGAAAGUUACCAAAAAACUUUUUAACUGCUCAAUCUUGUUAGCAAAGUUUCUUUUCAAAAGUAAGAAUUUUUUAUAAAAAUGAAUUACCUUUUCAUUACAUGUGGAUAUAUAGGAAGAACAAGUUAAAUGAAACAUGAAGCAUGUGUCAUUAAUUUGGUACAUGAUCUUUUAAAGCAAAUUUUUAAAACAGCAAAUAUUUGUAUUUAUAUACAAGCAUUUCAUGACUAUAUACUUAUCUUUUUAACAAUGUAUGAGAAAUUAUUUUUUGUCUGUGAUAAAAAUCUGUGCUGUUCUAUUCAUGUGUUCUUGAUUUAAAAAAAUCUUCCUGCUGUGAUAUUGAUUAGUUUGAUAAAUGAGUGAAUACUAUUCUAAACAUGAUUUUUGUUUUGUUUACAUAUCACGAAAUGAACAAGAAUUCUUUGUGUAAGUUAUUCUAUAACUUUGUUACUGUUUAUUAACUUGUAAUGUUUUGUUUAUUUGAUAAUACUUAUGGAAUUUUUCUUAAUCAGUUUAAGAAAUUUGACUUGUUUCAGUAUUGAAAACUAUUUUAAAUUAUAAGUACUAAUAUUAUACAGCAUAAUGUAAAAAACAAGAAAGUUAAAGUGUCUUAAAUUUAGAUCAUGUUACAAUAAGCAAUAAACAGUUGCAGUAGAGUCACAGGUAUUCCUUGCUUGAGAACAGUUAGUUUACAAACUUCUAUUGCUUUAUUUAUUUUCCUUAGAAAAAAAUAUAUAUAUAAUUUUUAAUAGGUUACAAAAAUUAGCAUCUUGCACUUAUAUAAAAGUGACAUUAAUUCUGUAGAUUUCCAUAAAUUAUAGAAUUAUUUCAAGGACUGGUAUAGUUAAUUUAAGAUAUAAAUUUGGGUCUCAGGUCCUGAAAAUAUUAAAGGAGCUUAUCCAGCAAGAAGAUUUUGAAAUAGGAUAGCAAAGAAAUUUUCGAAUCAAUCAUCUGCUAUUAGAGCUGAUUUCUAUUUGCUUCAACUUGAGAAGUAAACAAAUAAUUAAUUGAAAUGUAAUUAACUGUGUGAAUUAGUUUAUUAAAACAUUCAUUCAAAAUAAUUUUUAAUUUAUCUUGCAAAAAUAACCUUUUCGUGUCAUUGAUCAAAUGCUUUUUUAAGAUAAAUAUAUGAUAGUGAAUGCUUUUUGUUUUUGUAUAUAUUAUUCUGUGAGAAUUGUUACUUCUUGUUAUACACAUUUUGCUGUGUAAUUAACCAUAUAAUAUGUGUAAAUGAAAGUCUAACAUUUUCUUAUUAUAAAGUGUUUAAUGUCUUUCAAAGAAUUUCAAAAAUUAAUGGAAAUUUUUAUUUUAUUUAUUUUUUGGAUUUAAAAUGUUAAGACUCACCAAUGAAACUGUAGAAUGUAUGCAUAAAUAUACCUUCUUUUGCCUUUCCUUACGAGAUAUGCAUUCAAUGUCUUAGCCUUAAUAUUUAUCUUGAGGUCCAAUUACUAUUUUUCUUCUCUAGGAAAAUGUGAAAUAGUGGUCAUAUGUUGGAUUUUUCAAAUAUGAGAAAAUUUUUUUUUUAUUUUUUAGACUACUUAAAGCAGUGCAGUUGAUAUGGGUUAAAUGCCACAAUUAUGUCAUUUACAAGAUUAAUAAACAGUAGAAUAUAA